AUGUCCCCCACAUCUUGCAAAACAAAAUUAACAAAACGUCAACAAAAAGCUCUUGCUUUUCGAAAAAAUCGGGGAAAAAAGUCUGAGUUAACCGCAGAUAAUGAAAAAAAAGAUGUUAUUGAAAUUGAUAGAGUAGUAGAAAAAAUUAAAAAAAGAAAACAU